GCGGUCUUUGGAAAGCGCUGUUUAAAAAGAAAAAAACCUUCUCGCGGCUGCAGUUCUGCCUUUGCUGACAAAAUGCUAUGAAAGCAAAGCCAAGGGAAGCUUUGUUGUUGCGACCUGUCUUUGGAUCUUCCUUGCCGGAUGGAGACUUCAGACGAUCCACAGAUUAAAGUCCUUCUGCAGCCUUGGGCUUCAGUUUGUUUUUCUGAGUCUACCAGAUUGAUGGCUAAGGCUUGGUUUUGUGAUUCUAGCUAUAUCUUGCUCCUCUCUGACCUCAAUAAUAUGUGGUAUGAAAGUGCAAAUACUGAAGUAAUACAACAGAGAUCAAAGGAGUUGAAUAAACGGCUAACUGCUCCUGCAGCCUCCAUUCUGAACUGCCUGCACAACCUGUUAUCUCCUCUCUUGGAAGGGAAAGAGAACAGCUCUGUCUCCUUCUCCUGUCAGCUUAGCUCCAGCACACUGAUACUCCAUGUGAAGAGUGAACUUCUAGGAUUGCCCUUCUACUGGGAUUUUCACUGUGGGGCAGCACCUCAGGAGAUGAUAUCCCGCCACCUUCUGAGGCCUCUCAUGACAAUGAGUGUGGCCUUGCACGGUCAGGUACAGGAGUUGGCAUCUUUGCUGCUCCAGAAGGAUGCAGAGAUUGAAGACUAUCGGGAGAGUGGAGCUACUCUCAGUCUAGAACGUCUAAAAACAGAACCCUUUAAAGAAGAAUCCUUCCUGCGCACAUUUGAGACUGAGACUUUGCCCCAAGCCUGCUGCCUGGGAGAUGGACGCAUGUUCACUUCUAACCUAAAAUCGCUCUAUUUGGCAGUGACCCAGCAACAAGCCAGAGCUGCUUGCAAACGGCACCGGGCAGAAUCAGAAGACUCUGGAUCCCUUAACCAUGCUGCUUCUCAGGACCCUACAGAAGAGCCGGUAGAUUUGCCAGAGGCAGAAGAACAGAUAGAGACCCAGUUGUCAUCUGCACAGCAUGUGGAAGAAGCAGUGGUCCAGAAAGCACAAGUGCCUGUUGUCAAGACUAAAAAGAAGAAGGUGAAAGGGCUCUUUGUCUGAGACAACUGAUCACGGGUGCUGAUGCAGUUUUGAACUCCCCUUUGUCUUCUUGGAAAAUCUAGGGGAAAAAACCUGGACUCCAUAUUGAAGCCAGGGGUGGGCUGCUCCCGGCAUUACUGCCGGUUCGGUGCGGGCAAAAA